AUGCACUCGCCGCUGACACGCCCCACCCUCCGUAUCCUCCACUCUUCGCUCACCGCUGCCACCGCUGCCACCGCUGCCAGUGCCACCACUGCUGGCAAUGCGACGGCCCGGGUCGAGCUCUCGCGCUACACACAUACCUACCUCCUCGCCCUCACCCAUGCUUGCCUCGCCCCGACGCAGCCGCUCUACCUCCCGGGCCUUGCUCGCCUGCUUCUGGCGGGUGCUACUUCGGAUCCUCCCUCGCAUCAGGCGCAUCCGGUCGCGCUCGCUCAUCAUCUCCCACCGCUGGCUCACAUCGUGUCGCCGCGGGCAAAGCGGCUGGCCCCGGCUCCCAUCCCGGUCAACCUCCUCGAGGCCAUGGACAAGCCGCAGCUCGCCCUCGCCACCCUCGCCGCCUACGGCGCUGCCCUCGUCGGCUCUUCGCGUCCAGCCUCACACGCCUUUCUUGCCGAGGUCCUCGACAUCGACAUUCUCUCCUGCCUCUUCCGCGCCCUCCGCGACUGUACCAGGCCAGAACUCGAGCCGCACGCCGCCCUCCUUGUUCGCGUCCUCGCCGUCGUUAUUCGCGCCGCCACCCUCGACGUCACCAGCCUCUCGGCACUCUGCAACGCACUGCCAUUCAACGCGUUUCUCCAGCUCGCCGCCGCUCCCGACCUCCCGCCCGCCAUUAGUGUCGAGCUGUGGCAGCUGCUUUGCGUCCUCCUAUACCGCGCCACGCCGCUCGACCCCGCGCUCCUCUCAUCUUUUUACAACCUUGGUGGCGACGAUGCCCUUGCCACCGCCAUCAUCGGCCUCGAGACCCGCGACACCGCAGCUGUCAACGCUCUUAUCACGGGCGCCCGUCUGCUCUGCUUUCUCUCGCCCUCUCUCGCCGCCACGCCAGCGUCCACCCCGUCGUCGUCACCCGCCGGCGCCGACGACUCGCUCUCGCUGCUCACCAGCCCGCUCGCCGACUCGGUCUUCUCGCCGGCUUUCAAACGCGCUUGCACCAUCGUCUCUACCUCGCCCAUAUCCACCCUCCUCGACGUCUUUGUCUCGGCCUCCCGUGUCGAGACCAAGCUCGACGUCCUUCGCUCGCUCGAGCUGCUCUGGGUUGACAACCCCACCAACUACGCCCUCCUCGGCGCCCUGGCUCCGUUUGACACCUUUUUGCAGUACUCGACCUUCCACAAGCUUCAUCUCGAGCUGCAAUACGCCAUCCUCUCCGCCCUCACCCGUCUGGUCCUCUCGUCGGGCCUCCCGCUCCGCAACGAGCUCGCCCAUCUGGUUGCACUCCUUGCGCCCGACACGCCCGACAUAUCCCCGCCGUCAGCCCUCAUUCUUGCCCACCACAUCCGCUACAUGCUCCACCACGCGCCGCCGGCCAUCAACCUCCGCCGCCGGCUCCGUGCCGCCGGAAUGGUCGACCUCCUUGUCGCUCUCACCGCUGCCCUUGACUCGCCGUCAUCGCGCCCGCGCCCGCUACUCGCCAUCAAGGACUCGUACCAGCAUGCCUUCAUCUCCAUGCUCCUCACCUCGUUUGAAGACCUGGUCGCGUCUCCGAACCACUCGGACUUUCUCGCUCCGCUCCCCACGGCGACCCCAACACCAACCGCCAUCCUUACCCUCGCUGCCCGCCGCCUCCCAGCCUCGAGCUACUACCCGAUCACCCGUAACUUGCUCGGUCUCUCCUCAUCAUACGCCUCGUCCACAGCCUCAACGUAUCGAACCCGCGCGGAUGUCCACUACGGUGUCUGUGCCUCGCUCCUCGCUCUCGUGGACAUCUUUCUCUCCACCAAGCCCGCCACAGCCCAGCCGCUCCGCGCCGCCUUUGUCGCUGCUGCAGGCCUGCCCAAGCUCUACCGCGUCGUCGCCGACGCCCGCCUUCGUCCGCACGCCCUCGGCAUUCUUGCCACGCUAGGCUCCGAGGACAGCGCCCAGGACUGGCGCAUCGUCCCCGAUCUCAUCGCCGUCGUCCGUGCCGUCCACCCGCGCAACGUCGCCCGGCCCACCGCCCUUAGCCUCCAGCACGACGUCCUGCGCGUCCUCGCCUCCAUCCUUUGCGCAAACCCGGCAGCCAAGAUCCCGUUCCAGACCGGCGACGGCUUCCGCUGGUCCAUUGGCGUUCUCGACACCCUUGCCAAGGCGUACCCCACGCCAGACACUCUCCCGGUCGCCCCGCGCAAGCUCUUUGACUUUGUCCGCACCCUCCUCGAACUCAACGCCAUCGCCAUCCACAACUCUCGCGACAACGCAGAGUACUUUGCCACCUCGAUCACCUUUGACGCCCUCGUCAAUGUCCUCUCCUCUUCGCGCCUCUUCCUCGCCUCGGACUUUACUCUCGUCCUCUUCGAGCUGGUCAUCGAGCUUGGCCUCGCAGGAACCUGGCCGCCAUCCUCAUGCUCCGCUCACUCACUCAUCGCCUUUCGCUCACUCCCGCAGCGCCUCCGCCUUCGCGGCCUCCAGCUCGCCAUCGCCGUCGCCGAGCCAUCGGCCGCCACUCCGCCUGCCGCCGCUCCAACCCCGCUGGCGCGCUCGCUCUUCCCAGACUCCCAGCGCCCGCCAACGCCGGAUCUCGACUCGGACUCGGACUCGUUUGUCACGCCGGCCUCGUCGCCUCCCGCCUCGCCUCCCGCCUCGCCGCCUGACUCGCCGCACAUCAGCUCGCCGCGCUCCAUCUUUCCUCCUCGCGCCGCCGCACCCGACGCCGACUUUCUCCUCCCGCCCAAGCUCCGCGCCCGCGAGCGCCACCCGCCGUCUCCGGUCCCUCUGUUUUCGGUCUCCUCGCCGCCAGACUCGCCGCUCUACCGUCUUCACAACUCGACUGCCCCAUUCUCGGCCUCGUUCCGGGCGCUCGCCCGUCCGCCGUGUCCAAGAACGCAACCAGCCUCACGCGCCAUCCUCCGCUCACCGCAACAGCGCCUCUCCGGCUCCAUCCGCUCCUCGUCAUCACUCUCGCUCCUCGAGGAUCUCCCACACGCCCAGGCUGACAUUGUCUCGGAAGUCUCGUCCGAGCUCGAGCUUACCCUCGCCGAUCCCACCUGCCGCACUCUCUUUGCAGACUAUCUCGCUACCACCCGCUCGCUCAAUGAGCUGCGCUUCCACGACGCCGUCCAGGCUCUGUCUGCCAAACGGGCUGCUAGUGCGCCCGACGGCUCGCUCGCCACCGCUGCCCUCGGCCUUGUCGCCACCUACGUUGACGACUCGCACAGCUCAUCUCCCAGCGACGCCGACGACGCCCCACUCUACCUUGCUCCCGAACUUGCCGACACCAUCCGAGCCGCAGCCGACGCCCUUGCCCGCUCGCUUUCACGCGCCUCUUCACCGACUUCGCCGCUCCGCUCGCCGGACUCGACCUCGGCCUCGCCCUUCCCUCCUGCGCCCGCAGCUGUUGCGGCCAUGUCGGACAUGGCAACGUCGGAUGUCUUUGACCUCGAUCUUGAUGCCGAGCUCCUUGCUCGCGUCGCCCCAUCCUCGCCAGCUGCGGCCGCCCCGCCAACGCACGAUGCGAGUCCUGUCACGUCGCCCACCCGCCUCCGCGCGCCGGCGCUCCUCUCACCCCUGCUCAACGCGCUCGACGCAGCCGCAGACGCCAUCUUUGUCCAGCUCGCCUACACUCACCGAUUCUUCCUUCGACAGCUUGGCCGCGAAGAAUUGUACCUCUUUGAGCUGGCCCACUGCCGCGAGUGCUCGCGUGACAUGGCCGUCGUCCUCCCUGCCGCCUUUACCGCCGUCGUCCGCCUCGCCGCUUCGGCCGUCGCUCUUGACCUCGGCCUCGGAAACCAGAUCGCUUACCACGUGCUCCACCUUGUUACCUUUCUCAUCGGCGCCUUUCCUGCAAACGUCUACGCCCUCGGUGAGGCCGACCUCCUUGGUACGGUCCUGGCUGAGUUUGGCGGCAUCCUUAUCGACGCCAACUCACCUCUCCAGCCGCUGGUCCUUGACCUCGUCGUUGCCCUCGCCGCCUUUCGUUGCACUGUUGUCAACCUGCAAGAGUUCAUGGUUCUUCUCCAUCCGCGUUUCGACCCACCGCACAACGUCUACGAGGCUCUGCUCUACCUUUCGGCACUCCCGCCGCGUCUCGACCACGCCGCCUUCUUCCCGCACGCCGCCAACGCCACACCCCGCCCGCUGCCCAUUGACCCGCUCAUCGCCGCGAAUCCACUGCUGCCCUCACACGGCGUCGCGCUUCGUUCGCUGGCCACAACCUCCUGGCCGCCCUCCCGCGGCUUCACCCUCUCCAUCUGGUUCCAGCCCGACGGCCCGAGCCCGCACGCCUUUGACAUCGGCCGCAUCUCGCUCGAUACCUCGGCUACCCCGACGCCCCGCGCCCAGACGCCGCCUCCAGAGCCUGCCGCUCACCCCAGGAUCCCGACCUCGCUGCCGGACUCGUUCCGCCGCCUACACUCGGUCACGCCCGACUCGUCUCCGCUCGCCGACACCCUUGACGAUCUGCCGUCGCCGUCGUCGGCCUCUGGGACCGACUCUCCCGAAAUGCUCGUCCGCACUAGCUCGGGCUCGUAUCCGAUCCCCAUCCGUGUCGGUCGCUCACGUCCGCUGCCCGAGCCCGUGGACCGCGGCGCACCCGCCGUCCCGCCGCGGGCGUCGUCGGCUACCCCGCCGCCCUCGGCGUCGUCCUCAGCCGCCGCUCCGCGGCGAGUGCUCGUCAACCUCGGUCCGCUCACCCCGUACGCCCCGCACCACCUCAUCAUUUGCCACGUCCGUGCCUCCAAGGGUUCACCGCUCGGCAACCUGCUCGUCUACCUCGAUGGCAAGCUUGUUGCGCGCCAGUUCUCGACCUUCCUCCCACCGCCUGUCCGCGGCCACAUUCUCGGUGACAUGCAUCCGUUGAUUCCAGCUUCACCGGCGCUAGCGGCGUCCGCCCCGGCGUCACCGACCCCAUGGCUCCUCGGCAACAUGAACUUGCUCAAGAAUGUCGCGCUCGACGCCGCAGAAGCCCUCAUGCUCUACGCCCAAGGCUCCGGCCCGUGCUCAUCGCUCAUCGGCGUCGCCACCGUCUCGCUGCGCUCGUUUGAGUUUGCCGCGCCCGAAUGGCUCGACUACGCCGCCACCCACGACCUGCUCGGUCCCGGCGAGCGGCUUCGCGUCCGCGCCCUCCUCCGUGCACUCUGCCCGGAGCAGUCGGGCUUUGAGACUCGGCAGCUGCUAUUUCCGGCCUCGACCGGAAGCCGCCAAGACGCCCGCUCCGAGUCGGUCUUCCGCCGCCCCUUCUCGCUGGCAUCAUCGUUUGCUUCGUCGCUGGCCGCCACGCUCGCCUCGUCACCGUCUACUGCUUUCGACGCGCCGCGGACUGUUCGCAUGCUUGACGACGACAUCGAUGAUGCGUUCCUCGGCCUCGAGCCGGGCGCUCCCCUCCCACCGGACGCCCUGCCCACCCUUGAAGGUCUUCGCUCGUCCAUUAUUUUUGUUCUCAACGUCGGCCGCGGGGUCGUCACCCACGGCGCUGCUGUCUCAGGUUCCUCGGGCUCGGGCUCGAAGGAUGCCGCCUUUGCCGGCUCGGUCUCGGGCGCCGGACCGUCGGCGGCAGCAUCGUCAUCGUCGGCCGCACCCGUCGCCCUCUAUCCGACCGCUACCUGGAUGGGCGGCUCAAUCUCGCACGUCUCGGAGAACGUCCGCGACAACCUGUAUGCAUGCGGCGGCAUGGACUCGGUCCUGUACAUGGCUGCGCUCUCAGUCUCGGGCCCACCCGAGCUGCAGCACCUGGUUCUUGCCCUCUUUCCGCCGCUUAUCGGGCCCGCGUACUCGCCCAACGCCCACCGCAUGUCGGCGCUCGGCGGCUACGAGCUUCUUGGCUACAUGCUCCGUGCGCCCGACUACACGCUGGACAUCACGACGGCCAUGAUCAUGUUUGAGCUCUCAGGCCUGCGCAAGCUCCAUCUAGCGCUGCGGCCGCAUCCCAUCACACUGCGCCCGGCCCACCUGCUCGAGCACAACAUCGAGCCCAUUUCGGGCUCGUCAUUUGACUUUGUCUACGGUGGCGGCGUGCUUGCCAACGUCGACGCUGCGCUCGCCACCCUCCUUGACUGGCGGGUGUGGAAGCGGGCACCACCGCGGGUCCAGACCUUUGUCUGGGAGUCGUUUGUGACGCUCCUCGCACCGGGCUCAGCCACGCCCGAGACUGCUUCCGGCCGUGCCCGCCUCCGCCACUGCCGGACCAACCUGCAGCUGCUGCGGGCGAUUGGCCUCUUUGAGCGGCUUCUUGUCAUGAUCCAGCUCGAUCCCGAGUUUCCAGAGGGCCAUAUGCCGUACAUCAUUCAGCUCCUUCGCGCGCUGGUCUCCUCGCCGCCACGGAGCUACGAGCUGCAGCUCCUUAUCCAGUUCCUUGUCCGGACCCAUCCUGUCUCGCGGGCUUCACAGCAGCGCGUCGCAGUCCCGCGCCCGGUCUCUUCUAGCUCGCUGCUGGACUUUGAGCUCCUCUCGCGCUCGUUCAACGCCAACCACGACUCGUCGUUUGCCGCUGACUCAACCGUCGACGGCGCAUCGACCUCGGUUUCGUCGUCCUCGGUCGAGCUCCCGUCUGUCCGCCUCGCGCUCCUCUACUUUCUCGUCGAGAUUGUCACCACUCUCCCCGACCCGGCGUUGGUUGAACUGGCGACCGACUCGCUUUCGGCACUCGUCCUUGUCCAGCUGGCGCAGCACCCAUGCUCCUACACCCGGGUCUGCCUGCUGCAGAUCAUCGACCGCUACCUCGGCGUGCCAAGCCUGGCUGCGGCCUUUGUCGCCUCGGCAGGCUUUGACCUUCUCGGCUCGCAGCUGGCAACCCACCCAGCGACGCGGCUUGUUGUCGACGCGCUGUUUGCAGUCAUGCAAGGCUCUACCGAGCCGGCCAACGUUUCUCGCCAGCCUGGCCAAAGCUCAGAAUCCGGCGCCGAUGCGUCCUGCUCUCGCGCUCUGCCACACCCGCACUGCGUCCGCACCCUCCUCCGCGUCGCCGGCAACUGCUGGGACGACACCGUGCUCCGCCACGCUACCAUCCGCCGCCUCCACUACUCGGUCUUUGAAGCGUCCCUGGCAAACAAGGAGGCGCUCGUCGCUGCAGGCCUUGUCCGCGAGCUCGUGGCUCUCCUCGCCACUGCACUCGCCGAGGAUGUGGUUGACACCGUGUUUGAAGGCGACAUCAUUGUCUUCCUUGCUGCCAUCGCCGUCUACGGCUGUGGCCUUAAGAGCGGAGACAAUGAGCUUGUGCUCAGCGUUGUCACCGGGCUCGGCACGCUCUCUGGCGUCUCGGCGCUCAAAAUCCGCCAGGUCCAGCAGCGGACCCUCCACAUGGCGCUUGCAGCCUACCAUGAGACGUGGGCGCAGCAUGAUUUAGGCUCGCGAUCGACGCUUGCAACGCUUGCUGCGCUCGCGCGGUGUAUUGUUGACUCGGUCGUGGCGUACUCGCCCGAGUCACCGGGUGUUCAUUCCCAGACCGUCGAGCCGGAGCCUGACACCGCACGGCAUGUUGAAGCGCACUCGAUCGAGUUUGACCUUGUUGUCUUUGUGGUCAACCUCCUUGUUGACCUGCGUCCGCAUGCGCGGGCGGCGUCGUCGGCGACAGCGCGCGCUCUUGACGACGCGCUGGCCUCCCUUCUCCUCUGGGUCUUCCAGCGGUUCCAUGCGCACGCUCUCGACGAGUCUGCUGAGGAGAUGCGCAUUGGUCUGCAGGCUGCGCUGGAGGCUGCCGAGGUUGCCCGGAGCCGGACAGAGUCGACGUCAAGCGCGCCGCCGACUGCAGCCGAGACUGCCAUUCUGACGCUGCGGCCCGAGCUGACGGUCGAGGCCGCGUCGGCGACCAAGUCCAGAGAUCCGUUCGCGACCUCGAGCGCGGCGAGCGCCGAGAUGAUCGAGGAGGCGCGGGCGUCGUCGGCGUCGUCGUCGCGGGCGACGUCGCCGUUUGGCACGCUUAUCUCUGAAGAGUUCAGCGAGUCGAGCCAGACCUUCCAGCACGCGGUGGCGCUCGCCGAGGCGCUGGCACGUCAGGUGCCGUCUGCAGUUGUGGCGGCGUUUGCUGCCGAAAAGGCCUUUCUCAUCCGGUUUGUCCUCUACACCCAGCCGAUGCUUCGGCGCGUCGGGGUGGCGUCGGCCGUUGAGCGGCAUUGGCUCGCCAUUGCCGAGCACCACUUUUCGACGCUUGGCCUCAUCAUCAAGUGUGACAUCUCAGCUGACCUCGAGCUGUCGACGCCUGCUGGCGUCCGCGCGCUACAAGCGCUCCUGCACACCGUCGAGGGCAUCCGUCGACCGUCGGACGUCUUUCUGCAGGCGACAAUGCGGCAGGCACGGAUUGCCGAGGCCGACGCUGCGGCGGUGCGUGACGCGGCAGCGGCGGCGUACACCGCCAACUUGGCGGCGGCAACUGCCGAGUGUGCAGCUGAUGAGUCGGCGGCGUCGCGGACAUGGGCCGCAGCGUGCAACGCGUUUCUCACCUCGCAGGUCGAGCUCAACAAGCCGGUCAUGGGUAUGGUCCAGCACCUGGCGGAGCAGGACUACGCGGCCCGCAAGCGAUGGCGCGGCCUGUGCCAAGACCUGACCCACGAGCGCGGCCCGUGGCACGUGACCGACGACGAGGUCCGUGUUUGGCUCGGCGAGUCGGACUCGGACGACGGGGGCCAAGACUCGCGGAGCAAGGCCGAUCCGCACGGCGUGGCCGCAACGCCGGGCCGCGAGUCACAGGCGUCGGCGUCGGUCCGCCGCGCGCGGGCGCGGGCGACGUCUGAGCGGUUUGCCUCUGGCCGGCACGUGGUGUACGCACUCAACCCGACCGAGUCGGCGGCUCGGCUGCGGGUCCGACUCCAGCCUAUCCCACCGCCGCUCAUGUUUGUUGACUGGCUCUCGGCACCCGUGGCCGAGGAGGAGGCCGACAAGCGGAGCGGAUCGAUGCUUGCACUGGCGGACGGCGAGCGGCUGCAGCAUCUCUUCCGGUGUGUGCGGAUCACGCCGGCGCGCAAGGUCGACGGCGAGCUGCUGGUUGGCUCCUCGUCGGGCUACUUUAUCCCCGACAAGCACCAGGGCGACGACAGCGCCGGCGGUGCCUCGGUCGCCCCGCUCGGCUCGGGCCUCGGUAACAGCCACCUCGCACAGCUGUUCGAGGUGGCACUAGUGGUGGAAAACCUCGAGUUUGAGUACGUCGACGUCAAGGAAGUCCACAAGCGGCGGUAUCUGCUGAAGAACUGCGCGCUGGAGAUCUUUCUCCUCACCGGCACGACGAUGUUGUUUGCGUUCGAGUCGGAGCGGAUCCGUGACGAGGCGUACAAGGCGUUUCUCAAGUCGGAGCUUCCGAACCGCAUCGACUACGAAUCGUCGAUGUCGGGCUCGCUCAUCCGCAAGUCGGUCCUUGACAAGUGGCGUUCGGGCAAGGUCUCCAACUUUGACUACCUCAUGCACCUCAACACGCUUGCUGGGCGGUCGUUCAACGACCUGACCCAGUAUCCAGUCUUUCCGUUUGUCCUUGCACAAUAUGGCGCGGCAGAGCUUGACUUGUCGGAUCCUGCGUCGUUCCGUGACUUUGCCGCGCCGAUGGGCGCACAGGACCCGGGACGGCUGGCCAAGUUUGAGGCCAAGUUUGAGGCGCUGCAGCAGAUGCACGCCGAGGCGCCCGACGACGCACCCGAGCCGUACUACUACGGCUCGCACUACUCGAACAUCGGGUCCGUCCUCCACUUUCUUGUCCGGGUCGAGCCGUUCACCCAGUUCUUCAUCCAGUUUCAAGGCGGGUGCUUUGACCUCCCUGACCGCACUUUCCACUCUGUGGCCCACACAUGGCGGCUCUCGUCGUCGAUCUCGACGUCGGACGUCAAGGAACUUAUUCCAGAGUUCUACUAUUUUCCAGAGGCGCUCAUCAACCUCAACGCGUGCAACUUUGGGCGGAAGCAAGACGGGACGCCUGUUGACUCGGUGGAGCUCCCGCCGUGGGCGCGCGGCUCGGCGCGGACGUUUGUACGGCGGAUGCGCGAGGCGCUCGAGUCUGAGUACGUGUCGGACCACCUGCACGAGUGGAUCGACCUCAUCUUUGGCUUCAAGCAGCGAGGCGAGGCGGCGUUAGUGGCCAAGAACGUCUUCUACCCGCUCACCUACGAGGGCGCCGUUGACAUUGACGCCAUCGACGACGAGAUCCAGCGUGUGGCCACCAUUACGCAAAUCUCCAACUACGGUCAGACGCCGACGCAGCUGUUCUCUAAGCCACAUCCUGCGCGGUCGUCGUCGUGGCGGUCGUCGGGCUGGCUCUUUGCCGACCACGUGUUCCUCCCGGAUGUGGUACUCGGAGCAACGGUGGUCCGCGGGCUAGCGGCACGGGUGGCGGUUGGCAUGAUCGCGCCGCAGCCCGGAGCGCCGUCUGCGGCGCCGGUGGUCAUGGGCGCGUCGCGAGUUGCCAUUCCACCGCAACUCUCCAAAAUGGUCUCGUACGGGCACUGGGACUCGACGUUCCGGUUGACGGCGAUCGAGUCUGGGCGACAACUUGCGGUGGUGCCGCCGCUGUACGCGGGUGACGAGAUUGUGGUGGCCAUUGCGCCGGAGCUUGGCGAGCGGUACUCGGCGUCGAACCCGGGGCUUGUGGUGACCGGCUCAAGCUCGGGCGUGGUCCGGGUGUGGACUCUGACGCAGGUGUCGGACAAGGCGUGCGACAUGGUGGAGGCCGGCGUGCUCGUGGGUCACGAGGGGGCAGUGCUCUCGAUGGCGGCGUCAGUCGACUUUGGAGUUAUAGUCUCGGGCUCGAUGGAUGGCUCGGUCAUUGUGUGGGACCUCAACACGCUGCGCUACGUGAUGUCGAUGGACGUGCCGGGCUACGCACGGGCACUGGCGGUUUCCAAGACCAACGCAGAUGUGGCGGUGGCGUCGUCAGGCUCGGGCGAGGCACUCUCGCUCUACACCAUCAACGGAGCACAGGUGGCGCGGGUCAAACCACACGCCGCGAUUACGUGUGUCGACUUUACCUCGGGCUGCGAGGGCGAGGUUGUCAACGUGGUGGUCGGCGGCACGCUCGACGGCUCGGUGCUCAUGUGGUCGACCGAGGAUCUGAGCCUCGUCCGGUCACUGACGGCGACACCGCACAUGGCGCCAAUUACAGCGCUUGCCAUUGUCGGCGCUGGGCUCAAGGUUUACACUGGGGACGCAGACGGCGUGGUGGUCAUGUGGCAGGCGGUGAAGGGCAAGGCAGCGGCCGAUGCCGUCGCCGAGUCUGCAGCGUUUGUCCAUCCAGACUCGGAGGCCGCCGCAGUGGCCGACGCCGUGUCGGCCGUGUUGUGAGGUGUUUACCCUUGCCGGUCGGCGUGGCCGCGCCGCGCUCAUCAACGCGUACGCGCUCUACGCUGACGCGAGCCCACGCCCCGCCAUGACUCGCUUGGCUUUUCCACACGACAUCAUCGACGCCGUUGGCUCCGCGCCGUCGCGUAAGCGUAAGCGUCCCUCUGCAGCGGCUGCUUGUCAUCACCACAUUCCCCAACAAGCCGC